CCUUUCUAGUGGCCCCAUAACCCCUGUCUGGUCCCCCUCUGUAGCAACCGUUUUGUGGUAUUGAAAUUGCACUUUUUUCUGGAGAAGAGGGAAGGAGAGAGCCGUCUGGCCGUCAAUACCUAGCACCUAAGCUUUGGCGAAGCGAAUCCCUAACAUUUCUCAAAUCUUCUUUGGUUUCCUUCAUCAACACCCGAGCUGUGAUCACACCCCCCCUUUCACAACGCCGUUUUUAGAUACCCCCAUUUGCGAAGAUCCCGUUCCGUUUGACGAAACCUACCAUCGUCAAUCAUUGUAAUUUCAAUUCUUUUUGCUAGGCGGACCUAAUCACCCCGUUGCGAAACCCAACCCUUAGCCUAAUAUGUCGUCCCCAGCGAAGAUGAUGCGCCGGAAGAAGAACGUCAAGAAGGGAAUUCAGUUCUGCUUGAUGGUCUGCGGUGCUUCAGGAACAGGAAGAACGACUUUCGUCAACACCCUCUGCAGCAAGAGUGUCUUGACCCACAAGGACUCUGACGACGCUACUGCCGCUCACGUCGAAGAUGGUGUCAAGAUCAAGCCCAUCACUGUUGAGCUCGAAUUGGACGAAGAGGGUACCCGUAUCUCUUUGACCAUUGUUGACACCCCGGGUUUUGGUGACCAAAUUGACAACGAGGCAAGCUUCUCAGAGAUUGUUGGGUAUCUCGAGAGACAAUAUGACGACAUCUUGGCCGAGGAGUCGCGUAUCAAGCGAAACCCCAGAUUCAGGGACAAUCGAGUACAUGCUAUGUUGUACUUCAUUACUCCCACUGGUCAUGGUCUCCGUGAACUCGACAUCGAACUGAUGAAGCGCCUUGCUCCCCGUGUCAACGUCAUUCCUGUUAUUGGCCGCGCCGAUUCGCUGACCCCUGCCGAGCUGGCCGAAUCGAAGAAGCUUGUCAUGGAGGACAUUGAGCAUUACCGAAUCCCGGUGUACAACUUCCCUUACGAUAUCGAAGAGGACGACGAGGAUACGGUUGAGGAGAACGCCGAGCUUAGAGGUCUAAUGCCAUUCGCUAUAGUCGGCUCCGAAGACGUUAUCGAGAUUGGCGGUCGUAAAGUCCGAGCUCGGCAAUAUCCUUGGGGUGUCGUUGAGGUUGACAACCCUCGCCAUUCCGACUUCCUAGCAAUUCGAUCAGCUCUCCUUCACAGCCAUCUAGCUGAUCUGAAGGAGAUUACCCACGAUUUCCUAUACGAGAAUUAUCGUACCGAGAAACUUAGCAAGAGUGUUGAGGGUGGUGCUGGAGUUGACUCUUCCAUGAACCCCGAGGAUCUAGCUUCCCAGUCAGUCCGCCUAAAGGAAGAGCAACUUCGCCGAGAAGAGGAGAAGCUCCGCGAAAUCGAAGUCAAAGUCCAGCGCGAGAUCAACGAAAAACGACAGGAGCUUUUGGCCCGCGAGUCACAACUACGCGAAAUCGAAGCGAGAAUGGCACGAGAGGCCGCUGCCGCCGCAGGUACACCGGAGGCAAAUGGCGAACAGGAAGCCAACUAAAUAUUCUAGAACGACAUCUUUCCUAUCCUCCUACUACUGGUAUAUCGGCGGCCAGCUAGAAGUACGGAUUGUGGCGUUGGGUGUUUGAUAUCCCCUAGUCCCUGACCCCUUAAAGCCAUUCGAGAUGACGCGUUAUACGAAAAUCCAACAAAUUUAAUGAUUGCGUGGGAUGCGGAAUAGCAGAGGGCUUGGUGAAAACUUGUCAGGAAUAAAAGCCAGAGUUGAUAUCCCCUUACAAUUAUUGCAUGCCCAAUUUUCGGGAGAGGGACGAUGGUACAGCGGGAAAGAGAAGCAGUGUUUGCCUUCCCAAUUUUUCAUAUCUGAUGACACGUCGUCCGGUGGACAAACUGAGGGUGGUAGAGGAAGAGACAGUCCGCGUACCUUUGCAUCUUUUGCGAGUCGAUGUCCGUUUUACCAGUUGCCACUAUGUAGCCUUUUCUACUUUUAUGUCCCCUUUUCUCCUAGUAUUAGUGCCUUCUAAUGCAGAUAUCAAUAUGAGCUUUCUUUGAUGUCUAUUAUAGUUACGCCCACGAUCUAGAUCUUGGCUUGUUCUGGUAAUGAUUUAUAUUGCUACGCUGCAAAGGCGCUGUUAUAGACCUAUAAGCAAAAAUAAAC